GUUAUGACUSAGCUGCUGAGACUUCAGGAGAACAAUCAGCUCCCSUCAUCAGUGUCUGGUGAAGACAUGAUGAACCUGAUCGAGGAGGAGAGCAAGAAGUCUCUGAGAGUGCAGUUCUGGGAGUUCCAGCUGGAGGACUACAAAGACCCUGAGUWCCUCCCACUGCUCAAACUGUUCAAUCUGGUCUGGGAGGUGAGCAACAAUUUGAAGAAGAGGGACAUUGAGUUCGAGGCACGACAGUUCCUCAAGUCCCCAAAGACCAUACCUCCAAGGUUCAGUAAUCCCGGGAUCCUCAGUUUGGCUGAGAAAUUCUCCAGCAUCCUGAAGGAGCGGCAUCAGCAGCCCCUCACCUCCAAACAUCUGGGCCCACGAGAGGUGGUGCUGGAGGUGGUUCCUAAGGUGCUUCAGGGCUUCUGGCUGCCUCCUGAAGGCACCGGCAUGAACAUGCCAUCCCAGCACCUCAGUGUUCUGGCUGUUAGCCUGACCAAAGCAGUGGAGGACAAGGUCUCCAAACUUCUGCCCUCACUGCUCCGUGAAGUCAGCUUCACCCGCUCCACCAGGGACAAACUGGUCCUGUCAAUCCUGGACAGUGUGACACAGAGCUUCCCUCGCCCCGUCCUGAUGGAGAAGAUCAGCUGCUUUGCAGCAGAUCUGAUAAAGUCCAUCACCACCAUCGCUACAAGGAACAUCUGUGAGCUGUUUCAGCCACAGAUUUCUACAAAGGAGCCAAACUGUGUUGCUGAAGAGGUAAAGCAGGAGCCUCAUCAGGAGUCAGAAUUAACUCCUCCUCCACCAGCUCCUGUGACUCCUCCUGCUGAGCCUCCUGUGGUCCUGGAGGGUACAACUAAGCUGGUAACUAAGCUGGUCACCAAGGCCAAGGCAUCCACCUGUUCUCUGGACCCCAUGCCCACAGCCUUGGUCAAGGCAUGUCUACCUACCAUCUGCCCCAUCAUGGUGGAUAUCAUCAACUCCUCCUUGGAAUCUGGCAUUGUACCCUUAAGCUUCAAAAUGGCCUCAGUUACUCCCGUCCUCAAAAAGCCUGGUCUCAACCCGGAUGACCUCAAUAAAUACCGGCCGAUCUCCAACCUUCCUUUCCUCAGCAAAAUCCUGGAAGGUGCAGUUGCCGCCCAACUCCAUCUGCACAUGUCUAGCCAUGAGCUCUAUGAACCCCUUCAAUCCGGUUUCAGAACACAGCACAGAGACCGCCCUCAUCAUCGUCCGCAACCUGGGUGUCAUUUUUGACUCCACCCUCUCCUUCCAGUACCAAAUCAAAUCCAUCACAAAAUCUGCUUUCUACCACCUCAAAAAUAUCUCCAGACUCCGGCCAUCGCUCUCUGACUCCGUGGCAGAGACCCUUAUCCAUGCCUUCAUAACCACCCC